AAUAUAUUUUUCUCUCAUCUUCAAUUUUUUCAAGGCGCAGAGUCACAUUUUACAAACACACAAAAUCACGUUCGCCUAUUUAGGAUCCUUCCUUUCUUCGCAUAUUUCUCCGAUCUCCCAAUCUCCGGCAGUUAUCCGCCGUUCACCUGAAUUUCUCAAUUUUAUUCCGUCCAUGGAUAAAGAGUGUUGCUCAACUCACCUCAUAGAUGGUGAUGGUAACUUUAACGUUGAGGGGGUCGACAUAUUCAUGAAAGAAGUGAAACUUACAGAAUGCGGGCUUUCUUAUGCAGUAGUAGCCAUCAUGGGCCCGCAGAGCAGCGGGAAGAGUACAUUGAUGAAUCAUCUUUUCAAUACUAAUUUCAGAGAAAUGGAUGCUUUCAAGGGAAGGUCCCAAACCACAAAAGGUAUAUGGAUGGCUAGGUGCGUCGGCAUGGAACCUUGUACCGUUGUUAUGGAUUUAGAGGGUACUGAUGGAAGAGAACGAGGAGAGGAUGAUACUGCAUUUGAGAAACAGAGUUCUCUUUUUGCCCUUGCUGUAUCAGAUAUAGUUUUGAUAAACAUGUGGUGUCAUGACAUUGGCCGUGAGCAAGCUGCAAAUAAACCUCUCCUAAAAACUGUGUUUCAGGUUAUGAUGAGAUUAUUUAGUCCGCGUAAGACAACUUUGUUGUUCGUUAUUCGUGAUAAGACAAGGACACCUUUGGAAAACCUGGAACCAGUUUUACGAGAAGACAUUCAGAAGAUAUGGGAUUCUGUCCCGAAACCGGAAGCUCACCGGGAAACUCCAUUAAGCGAUUUUUUCAAUGUUCAAGUUGUGGCUCUCUCUAGUUUUGAAGAGAGAGAAGAUCAAUUUAGAGAGCAGGUGGCAGAUCUAAGAAAGCGAUUUCACCAAUCUAUAGCACCUGGUGGGCUUGCCGGUGAUAGGCGUGGUGUAGUUCCAGCUUCAGGCUUUUCAUUCAGUGCACAACAAAUAUGGAAGGUCAUAAAGGAGAACAAGGACCUUGACCUGCCUGCUCACAAGGUUAUGGUUGCUACCGUCCGUUGUGAUGAGAUUGCUAAUGAAAAGUUCUCAUCUUUCACUGAAAAUGCGGAAUGGCGUGAAUUAGAAGAGACGGUAAAAACUGAACUAGUACGAGGGUUCGGGAAGAAGCUUACAUCAAUUAUUGAUGUUUGUAUAAAAGAGUAUGAUUAUGAAGCCACAUUUUUUGACGAAGGAGUGAGAACUGCAAAGCGGAAGCAGUUGGAAGAUAAGCUUUUACAGCUUGUCCAACCUGCGUACCAAUCCAUGUUGGGACAUAUACGCACAGGAACCUUGGAUAAGUUCAAAGAAUCAUUUAACAAAGCCUUAAAUGAGGGAAAAGGAUUCUCUGCAGCUGCACGCGAUUGUACUAAGCUCUGUAUGUCUCAGUUUGAUGAAGAGGCUGAAGGCGUUCAUGUUGAGCAAGCAAACUGGGACGCUUCUAAAGUGAGAGAGAAACUUAUCCGUGACAUUGAUGCGCAUACUGAAUCAGUUCAGACAGCCAAGUUGUCAGAGCUUACAAGCACAUAUGAGACUAAGUUAAAUGAGGCAUUGUCUGCACCCGUUGAGGCUUUGUUAGAUGGAGCUAGCAGUGACACAUGGCUGGCAAUCAGAAAACUUCUCCAGCGAGAGAAAGAAAAAUCUGUUUCUGGCUUUUCCGCUGCGCUUUCUGGUUUUGAAAUGGAUAACUCAACCAAGGAUAAAAUGGUGUCGAAGUUGGAGACUCAUGCAAGAGGAAUCGUUGAAGCGAAGGCAAAAGAAGAAGCUGGAAGAGUUUUGAUCCGUAUGAAAGAUAGGUUCACAACGCUAUUUAGCCAUGAUUCUGAUUCGAUGCCACGUGUCUGGAGUGGAAAAGAAGAUAUUCGAGGCAUCACUAAAACUGCGCGUGCUGCUUCGUUGAAGUUGCUAUCGAUUAUGGCUGCCAUCCGGCUGGAAGAUGAUGCUGAUAAUAUCGAGAAUCUCUUGUCCCUUGCUCUUAUGGACCCGAAAGCAGCAGCUUCUGCCAAUAAGAGUAUUACAGCGGACCCUCUGGCCUCGAGCAGUUGGGAUAAGAUUCCAACAACCAGAACCUUGCUAACACCGGUCCAGUGCAAAUCUCUAUGGAGGCAGUUUAAAUCUGAGACGGAGUAUACAGUCGGUCAGGCAAUCUCUUCUCAGGAGGCUAGCAAGAGAAGCAACAACUGGCUACCGCCUCCAUGGGCAAUCGUAGCGCUAUUUAUCUUGGGUUUUAACGAAUUUAUGACCCUUUUGAGAAAUCCUUUGUACUUGGGGGUAAUUUUCAUGGGAUUUCUGCUCGCGAAAGCCCUCUGGGUGCAAUUAGACGUCUCCAACGACUUCCGUCUUGGCGUGCUACCUGGGCUUCUCUCAAUAUCCACCAAAUUCCUACCUACUGUAAUGAACCUUAUGAAGAAGCUAGCCGAGGAGGGCACAGCGGCUGCUACUCCAAAUCCAGAGCGAAACGCGUCUAGUCAGUCGAAGAGCUCCCCUGCUUCCUCUGGGGUAACUUCAUCUGACUCUGCACAUAACAAAACACAGUAAGGAAACAGACAUUUCUUCUUGUUUGAGGACUCCAUCUAUUAGUAUUGAUCACAAAUGCAUAAUAUUGAAGAGUUUACUUUGGGGGGUGGUUUAUUUAAAAAAAAAAAACUGCCCCAGCCCCAUUUUUUUCUAUGUUUUGUUGUUUUGGUGAUAAUCCUCAAUGUGAUUAUCUGGCGUAGUCUCCUUCAGUUUUGUAUUAUUAGAAGUUGAAUUUUAUUUGUUAUUAAUUUAAACUUGGUCACUAUCCAUUUUGUAUUUAAA